UCCCUUCCUGUUUGCUGCAGCGAGGUCCUUCUCGUUUUGUUUGGCAACUUCAUUUACGCUAAAACACACACACUUCUCUGGAGGUUUUAAAAGAUCAAACCUUAGAUUUCAGUUUAUUCCUCAGUGUAAAAUUCAGAUUAUGAUCAGAUUAUUUUACGCACAAAAAGUAAAACUGGAACAUUGUAUAGCUUAGACUCUUGAACUGAUGACUUUCUAUAAUUGCUUCAUUAAUAAUCCAUUACUCUGUUUUAUUGGGACGAAAUAUGAGACCAAUUUUCCUUUGCCAUUUUUCAAAAUGGGAAAGACAAAAGAACAUUUGAUUCAAGGAGGCAGAUGGAAGCAAUCAUUAGCAUUAGCAGUUUAAAGAAAUGGAACAUCAGGCGGACCAGAGUUUAUCCUCUAAGUCAUUCCAGAAGACAAAAUGUCCCAAAGCUUCCUGGAAGAGACACAGAGCAAACUUCACACUUUGUCCUACCGUCAACAGGUAGCUAGAAUACGAUCACUAACGUUAGCAGGAAGCUAGCAUAUCAUCACCAACGUUAGCAGGAAGCUAGCAUACAUCACUAACAUUAGCAGGAAGUUGGCAUACCAUCACUAAUGUUAGGAGGAAGCUAGCAUAUCAUCACGAAUUUUAGCAGGAAGCUAGCAUACCAUCCCCAAAAUAAACAGGAGGCUAGCACACUACCAACAUUUGACCUGGACCAGAACCAGAACCAGAAUGAUGGUGGUGGUGCUGGUAGGAGUUUGUCCUGCAAUUUCAUUCUCGCUCUGUCCACCUGUUUUUGUGUCCUUGGGCAAGAAACUUUACCCACAUCGCCUGCUGGUGGUCAGGGGGUGAACUGCAUAAAGCUGCUGCUGCUAACAGCUGCUCUGGAAACAUUUCUUCUCUCCAACAAGUUUUCCAAUAAAUCUGCUGAGUUUCUGAUGAUUAUUUGAAAAACUACAUUUAUUAUCCCUUUUGAAACUCAGCAGGAAAGUUUGGACUGUGGUCUGUUGUUGGUCCGUUCUGCCAAAGUGGAACGCUCUCAAACAGAGCAUAGAGAAGAACAACGACCCAAUUCAUUUUCAGUGAAUUCAGAAACUGUGCAUGGAGAGGCAGAUGGUACCACGGAUCCUCCCAGCAACAAGGUCCAGGGGUCAAGGUUCAAGUCCUGCCAAUGGAUCAUAAGCCUGGAGUUAAAAGGUUCUGGCCGCUGCUAUCUCUGGAAGGAUUUCAGUAAAGAUGGCCGCUGCAGUUCUCUGUUUCCAGCAGUAAAGAUGGAUUGUAAAGUUGCAGAGAGCGACAGCACGGUCAGCACAGGAAGGAAACAAACAAACAGGAAGCUCAGCUAACAGCAGCGGCCGUUAGUGGACCGUUGGCUGCAGCGGAUGUGAUGCGUUCACUGACUCAGAGUGCUUUCAGUUCAUUAUCAUCAUUUUCAGCCAUUGUCUAUUUUUACCGUCUGCCUUCGUCUUCUUCUGCUGAUGCUGAAUUCACCACCUGUCUCACGUUGAUGAUGUAACAGUCGGCUAAAAUGCGACUCGGCCUUCUGCCUGCAGACGCUUUGAAAACUUUGGGGUUUAGUUCCACAUCUGGAAGAGGAACAGAUCAGGUUUAUCUUGAGAAAAGAUGGGAUCUGGUUGCGUUGUGCUUUGGCAGCUGGCGGUUCUCCUCACUCCAAAGUUCUCCAGGUUUCCAACAUCAGAUUAUCUGCAGCUUCCCGCCGCCCAGCCGUCAUGCUGCCUCUAAGCAGCCAAUCAGAGCCCAGCUGCUGAGUCAUGCCGCCAUGUUGAGCUUUUCCAGCUGAGAAAUUAGUUCAAAGCUUUGAAAACUGACAGAAAGGCAGAUGAUGAAUUAUUAAUACGUUCUGUCUGAGUUUCUGCUCCGGUCAGACUCUAGUCUCUGUUCUCAACUCCAGCUGGGCCCCCUGGAGAGGCCCCCGGGCCUCAGGUUGGGAACCUCCCCGGUCAGCUGCAGAGUGGUUAGAAACGCAGCACCAUGGAAACCGGCCGGCCAAUGGGGGAGCGGGAAGCUGUUUACUGGGGGGUGUCCCGUUACCAUGGUUCCGGGACAAACCUCCGUCAGCAGGUAUUAAACUGGCGCCCCGGCGGAGCCCCGAGCCGCGGACACACACACGCACAGAGGAGCGCAGACUGUAGCGGGACUGGCGCAGACUGCAGGUGUCCGGUUUUGGUGUUUAAAGUUCUCCAAACUGUUUCCUUUGGGAUCUAAAAGUUUCUCUUCAAGCGGCCAGGUUGCCUCGAGGUUCGAGUCGGGUAGCAGAACCGAGCCCUGUGUGGCGCAGGACGGGGAGCCAUGCUGUCUCUGAGCCCGGUGGGCCCCGAGGAGCAGCGGAGCUGCGGGGCCCCCUGCAGCUGCGGCCUGGAUGACAGCCUGACCAACCUGCAGUGGCUGCAGGAGUUCUCCAUCCUGGGGGCUCCGGGACCGCAGCAGGGCCAGCAGCAGCUGGGCCCCGGCGGCCCGGCCUCGCCCCUGGCCGGGGACCCGGCCUCCUGCAGCGGGUCACCGCUGACUCCCGGGAAGCCCACCGCGGCGGCCUUCAGCCGGAUGCGGGCCCCGCCGGCUCUCGCGGCGCGCGGCCACUGCCCGGCCGAGGUGGAUUACCGCAGCAACCCGGACAUCAAGCCGCCGUUCUCCUACGCGACGCUGAUCUGCAUGGCGAUGCAGGCCAGCCAGCGCAGCAAGCUCACCCUGGCCUCCAUCUACCAGUGGAUCACCGACAACUUCUGCUACUACCGGCACGCGGACCCCACCUGGCAGAACUCCAUCCGCCACAACCUGUCGCUCAACAAGUGCUUCAUCAAAGUCCCCCGCCGCAAAGACGAGCCGGGCAAGGGCGGCUUCUGGCGCAUCGACCCACCGUACGCCGAGCGCCUGCUCAGCGGCGUCCACCGGACCCGCCGUACGCCGCCGCUCCGGGUCCACCUGCCGCCGCCGAACGAGGAGCGCCGGGACCCCCGCCUGUCUGAGGGCGGCCCGCAGGGCCCCCAUGCCCCGACCCCCAGCCGCCGCGGGACCAAGAGGAAGUCGGUGCUGGCAUCCCGGAGCGGCGCCUUCGAGGCUACCCAGCACUGCAGCUCCCCGCUGCUCUGUGUGGACGAGCAGAGGGAGGCCGGGCCCCUGAAGGGCCCCUUCGACUGGGACGGCUUGUUGGACUCGGCCCUCAGGGGGGAGCUGAGUUUGGAUGGGGGCGACUCUCUGAGCCCCAUCAUGGCCGCCGCCGACCCUCCUACACCCAGGAGUGGCAACGACCUGGACGAGGAAACCUUCCUGGCAACCGCUUUCCUGGAGACGCCCUGGCCGGAGGACGAGGACCGCGGCGACUUCCUGAGCGGCUCCACCGUCAACCUGGACCAACUGUUUGACCUGGGAGAGCCGCUAGCCCUGGACACUAGCAACCGGAUGGAGCCGCCAGUCCUGGACGCUAGCAACCGGAUGGAGCCGCUAGUCCUGGACGCUAGCAACCGGAUGGAGCCGCUAGUCCUGGACACUAGCAACCGGAUGGAGCCGCCAGUCCUGGACACUAGCAACCAGAUGGAGCCGCUAGUCCUGGACGCUAGCAACCAGAUGGAGCCGCUAGUCCUGGACGCUAGCAACCGGAUGGAGCCGCUAGUCCUGGACGCUAGCAACCGGAUGGAGCCGCUAGUCCUGGACGCUAGCAACCGAAUGGAACCGCUAGUCCUGGACGCUAGCAACCGGAUGGAGCCGCUAGCAAUGGAUGCUAGCAACCGGAUGGAGCCGCUAGCAAUGGAUGCUAGCAAUUGUCACAUCUGAAGAAGGGGUCAGUGACUAAAGUGGCUGGGAAGCUGCAGGGAAACGCCUCUUCCUGUCCUGUAGACUCUUGUCCACGCCUGCUUCCUGGAGACGCCACUAGAGGAAGCAGGAAACAGACGAGACAGAGUCCAACAUUAAAAACUAAAUGAACAAUAUUUCUAUAGUAAAUCUGUAGUUUAUAGAGUUGUAGUCAAAUUUGUUCUGACAUGUUUUGUUAUUGAUUUGUUAUGAAUGGGUUCAUGUUCAUAGUUCAAUAUUUUAAAAUUCUGAGCUAUGUUUCAGGUACCAACAUGAACUAGUUCUCGUUCAGUGGCUCAUAAACUGUAUUUUCAUACAAAUUUCUAAAUAAAGUCCAUUUAA